GUCCGCCCGUCCUGCCUUCCGCCGGCCCGGUCCGUCCCCCUAGCCCCGUGUGGCCUUCGUGUCCGGUCCCGGUUGGCGUGUGGCGGGGGAUGGGGGCGUGCGGGGACGGGCCCGGGCGGGCGCGGCUGUGGCUGUGCGCGGCGGGGCUGGCGCUGUCGGCCUACGCGCUGCACGUGGAAGCGGCGAGAGCCCGGGACGGACACUACCGAGCCUUCUGCGACCUGGGCCGGGCCGUCAGCUGCUCCCGCGUCUUCUCCUCCCGGUGGGGCCGGGGCUUCGGCCUGGUUGAGAUGGUCCUGGGCCCAGACAGUUCUCUAAACCAGCCCAACAGCGUCUUCGGCCUCCUCUUCUACAGCCUGCAGCUCCUGCUUGGCUGCUCCCGGGCCCCCUGGACAUCAGUGGUGCUGGCCCUCAGCUCGCUGCUCUCGCUCGCCGGUUCCCUGUACCUCGCCUGGAUCCUGUUUUUCGUCCUGCACGACUUCUGCUUCAUCUGCAUCACCACCUACGCCAUCAACGUGGGCCUGGCUCUGCUCAACUAUCGGCGUCUGUGGGGCGGGGGUGCCCAGGGGCAACCGGGGGCCAAGGCCAAGGAGCACUGAGUGGGGGACCUGCAUGCCCUGCCCUCUUCCUCCCCCGCCCCCGCCCCACCCCGCCCUCCUGAGUCGUGGCGUCCAGUGGAGGCCGUCUCAGCCCACGCCCCGCUGCCCCAGCACCUCGGGAGGAGUCCGCUCUCAGCUGGGAGGAGGGUGGGUGUUGGGACCUGAUUUCCAGGCCGAGCCCCACCAUCGCUGGUCCCGUGGCCACUCAUCUGGCCUCAGUGUGGUUCCCAGUAGAGCCUCGUGCCACCCUCGGGGUCAGCCGCCCACUCACCCCCGCCCCUACACCCAUCCCCCUCACCGGCUCCCACCGUCCAGACCUGGCGAGGAGCCCUUCCACAGCAUCCCCACAACCCGCCAAGCCCGAGAUGGGUCAGCCUGGGCCGACUGCCCCCGCCCCGGCCCUUAGGGGCUUCUGAAGGGGACUGUCUACGCAGCCCACCCUCUGAGAGGCAGACCCCACCCCACCUCUGGGUCCUGGGACAGGGAGGGGCCGGAGGGGAAAGGUGAGGUCUGCAAGAGGUGAGCGGUCUGAGGGCGAGAGGGUGGGCUAUCUGGGUCCAAGCUAUGAUGUUUCCCAAAUAAAAGUUAGAAAACUGU